UCAUCGACAAUCUCGACGGAUAAGCAAAUUUUCAUCUGAAAGAUGAAAGAUUAGAGAUCGUUGGAAGUCAAGUUCACAUUCUGAUUUUUCUAAAUUGAAAUUUUCAACGAUAAUAUGAAAAUGUAGACUGCCGAUAUGUAGAUUACUGAAAACCCUAGACUUUUAAUUAAGGAUGAGACCUCGUUCGGUGAGAAAUAUCAGCAUGACCGAAUAAGGUUCAUCUUUAAUCAGUCAUUUUUUUAAUUUUUCUUCAGUAAAGUGUUCUGAGCGUUAUACGUUCCAACAUACAAAUGAGAGACAAUUUCUAAUACACUGAGAAUAAAUAAUCCCAUCAUCCACAAAUGUCAUCAUUAAUCAAGAGAUUCUGCGUUGCGCGUGAUAUCUCGAUGCGAUUUGUCGACAGGUUCAUUGAUUGAAUUAUGAGCUACAUGACGUAAAUCGAUGUAUAAAGUUCUGUAAAUUUUCCGGAGUGGCGUGCGCGCCGUCGGCAUGGGCAUGAGCAUGGGCAUAUGGCAUAUACUCGUCAUCCUUCGCAAAUGCGAAACGGGGUAGAAAAGCGGCAGAAAUACGCGACGCGUGCCAUAUUAGGGUCGCAGCGAAUCCUAACGCGUUCGCUAAUCGAUGCGAAACACAUUCGGUGACAUAAUCGUCGCGUAUUACCGUCAUUCAGCCCGUUCUAUUUGCGUGAACGCAGAAAUUUAACUGAAUGUCAUUUCGAGAAUGUCGACAGUUUGAAUUUUGCCUCAUAUCCUCUUCCUCGGUCAAGUUCGUUCCAUUUUUUUUUUUUUUUUUUUUUGACGGUUGCAAUGUGAAGCUUGUGACACAAAUAUCGACCUCGCCGCUCUGCAAAAGUCGCAAUAGUAAUCUUCUCUCGUAUUUCUCGCGACGAGGAAUUAACGUCGACCAUGUUUUCAUUAUGUCGAAGAAUCCCCGCGUAUGUCCGAAUUACAUCGCAACUUCAAUUCGCUGAGUCCUAAGUCGCUUAACAAAACAAGAAAGACACCGAAAGUUCUAACGAAGAUAAAACGUGAGAACCAAACUGAUUGCCUCGGGGCUCUAGACAGAGUAUUGAAUUGAAAAAUAGAUAUCUAUAUGUAAUAUAAUAUAAUAUAAUAAAAUAUUAAUAUAGUAAUAAAAUGUGCAAGAGGUUAUAAGUAAAUUUAUAGAGGGCGCGUAAUUUAUAAAAGCGCAUAAUGAUUAUAAAUGUAUAAAUUCGAAACAUGUAAUUUCGUAAUUUCGUAACGAAUAUUACUUGGAUAAUUAAAAUUGUUUGAAUUGUAUUGAGAAACUUUUGCUAUAAUAUCCAUAAUAACGUAUUCGACUAAAAUUUUUAUCGUUGUAGCACGAAGAUAAUAAUUUAUUUUACGGCACACUGAAUUCACGAUGGAAGCACCGAGUUUCGCAGAUCUUGGGAAAAACGCGAGGGAAGUUUUUAAGACGGGUUAUCAUCAUGGCAAAGGGCUUAUCAAGUUCAAUGUCAAAACAGAAUCUGCCAAACGAUUCCUGAUAACGAGUGAUACAACGUUGAACUUUGAAGCCUCGAAGUUAAAUGGUUUAAUGGAGACGAAGUACAAGGCGAACGCUGGAGCUCUGCUGUUAAAAUGGACGACCGAGGGAGUGCUUUUCCUGGGAUACGAGUUUAACGGGCUGCUAAUGAAAGGCGUUGAUUUGCUCUCCGAAUGUUCUUACAAUCCGGAAACGGCCGCGAAAAGCGUGAAGGUCGGCUCCAAGUUCGCCAACGAGAGGAUUAACGCACGCUGCGAGAUCUGUUAGUUUACUUAGAUUAGUAAUUAACUUUACGCAUCGAAAACCGCAUUCUUCUCGCGUAUGAUCGGAUUCUCUUGAAUGUUAAUCUCUUUAUCAAUAACACUCGUGAACUUGCUGGGCUUCCUCGUGAAACAGCACGAGCGGCAAAAUUCGCGUAACAAAUUCAUCCUCUAUUUAUAAAGUUUUGCAAGGUAACGGCUUUGGCCGCUGCUUGUGCGACGAAUAAAAGGGCUUCAUAUAUUGUGUUCGUAUAUUCCCGCCCAAGGGACGAAGAAGACUAAUUAUACCGUAGUCUAAACCUUUCACCGACCUCGUCGAAAAAAAUAGUAUCAAAAUGAAACUAUGUCACCGAAGAGACAUCUUUUUUCACAUGUACAAUUAGAAUAUUGCACAAAAUAUAUAUAUUUAUAAUACUAAAUAUACAAAGAAGGGUGGGUUGUAUAUAUCUCUUUACAAAAUCAGUAUACUUUCUAAUAUUAUGAAAUAUGAGAAGCAUUUCCAUAAUGAAAUCUUGCGUUAGCAGAAUAUUUAAUAUCGGUUAUAAAAAAUUACUGGAGCGUCGAGUUUUCUAUCUCUGUUUCUCCAACCCUCGCCCCUUUCCUCCCAUUUAAUUAAUUAUUUCAAUAAAAGUAACGGCAAUGAUAUUCUCGAUGUACUUUUUUUUUCUUGAGAUGAGCAAAGAAAUUUAACAUAAAAUCAAACGCGGAAACGAUCGGAGCUUGUAUUCAGCUUGAAUUUUCUUUCUUGUUUCUCGUCUCGCGCUACACGUUGCGUAACAUAGAGGGAAACUUCAAUAAAUAAUUCCUUCUCUUCGAGUAAACUCCUUUCCAAUAUCACGUAAAGUUUCACAGGAACAAUAGCGGAACCGCGUCCCGAAUGUUUACUAACAAGUCACGGCAAUUUUCGCGAAACACGAGUUUCCGCGAUGGUGACCGAUAUAGACACUUCUGAAAGCUUGUGAACAGCCACGCAGCUGUCGCGUUUCGCUGCCCACGACAUCGAGGGAAUUUCGAAUUUUUUAAUGAAAUAUAACGCAAUGUGAAUAGGCGCGGGUGGAGAGACAGGUAAAUUAAAUUCCAGGGAUUCUAAUAUAGAAACAGUUUAGCGUUCAGUUAAAUUCCGAUAAAAGAAAUAGGUUUUCUAUUUUUCUUUUUUGGGGUUUUUUUUUUUUGAUGGGAAAAACGUGCAGUAUGAUGAUCGAAACACCCCGUAUUUUUUUUCCUGUAUUCAGUUACAUGCGAGUAAUUUGAGGAUAUCGCGUGUCGGUUCGUCGAAAUUAGUGGAUUUU